AUGAAACCAGAAACUUUAGUAAAAAGAAUAAUAGAAGCUUUCGAAACGGAAUCACCAACUACAAUAACAUACAAUGGUAAAAAGAUUAAAAUAUCUAAAAAAAUUAUUGAUAAAUAUAAACAUUGUAAAGUCCGUGAUGAUAUAGAUUUGGAAAGAAUUGACAAGAGUGUAAAGGAAGGUGGAUUUUUACCUUUCCUACCUUUAAUAUUUGCUGGCCUGGCCGCAGCAGGAGCAACUGCUGGUGGGGCUGCUUUGAUAGCGCAAGCCAUCAACGCCAAGAAAGCAGCUGAUGCUGAAAAAAGUGAAAAACGUAGACAUAAUAUGGAAAUGGAAAAGAUAGCACAAGGUUCAGGAGUAGCAGAUAUAUUAGGGACAGUUAAAGAAUUUGGAAAUCGAUUUAGUGAAGAAACCAAGAAAACUGUUAAAGAGGGCUUAAGCAAUCUAAUAGAUAAAAUCGACACCGGAGAAAUGAAGGUCAAACAUAAGGGGAAUUCUAUAGUUUUUAAAAACAUACGUUCUGGAGAGGGAAUCUUUCUUUCAAAGUAUAAAGGAGAAGGAGUGAUUUUUGGAACAAAAAUAUAG